CUUGAACGCAGCGCGCUGCCGGCUUGCCGUAAAGUGUUUCGUUUGGCUUCUGUUUUCUGGCUAGCUUCAACUAAUUUUAAGGUCGUUUAAAGUUGUUCCUGAGAAAAACAGCAGAGAUCAGGAGCAUCGUUUCCGUCUGUGAGGCUUUUGGGUCAGACAUCAUGGCGGCUCCCGCUCUGCUGGUUCUGUUCGGGAGUCAGACCGGAACCGCCCAGGACACGGCCCAGCGGGUCGGCCGGCAGGCCCAGAGGAGGCGGCUGAAGGUCCGGGUUCUGCCUCUGGACGGAUACAACGUGGCCGACCUGAUCUCAGAGUCUCUGGUUGUCUUCGUUUGCUCCACCACCGGUCAGGGAGACCCGCCAGACAACAUGAAGAACUUCUGGAGGUUCCUGUUCAGGAAGUCUCUGCCUGCCGGGUCGCUGAGCUGCCUGGACUGUGCGGUUCUGGGAUUGGGAGACUCAUCGUAUCCAAAGUUUAAUUUCGUGGCUAAGAAGCUCCAGAAGCGUCUGGUCCAGCUCGGGGCGGCCAUGUUGGUUCCGGUGGGUCUGGCGGACGACCAGCACGACCUGGGGCCGGACGCCGUGAUCGACCCGUGGCUCAAGUCAUUCUGGGAGAAGGUUCUGGUUCUGUACCCGGUUCUGUCAGAGGUGGAGCCGCUGAGGGACGACGCCGUGAGUGACCCGACACGACCCGGCAGCUGGUUCUGAGGCCCGGUUUGAAGGUUCUGCUGUUUGUCCCGCAGACUGCCGCCGUCGUAUACGCUCCACUUCCUGGAUGAGAAGACGGACCGGAACCCGGAGUGGACGGGACCGACGUGGGCGACCGGGACCGACGUGGAGCGGAACGGGACCGACGUGGAGCGGACCGGGACCGUCCCCUCAGAGUCCAGUCCAUUCCCGGCCCGGUUGCUGUCCAAUCGCCGGGUCACCGACCCGACCCACUUCCAGGACGUCCGGCUGCUCGACUUCGACAUUAGCGGAUCCAACAUCCAGUUUUCAGCCGGAGACGUGGUUCUGAUCCGUCCCCAGAACUCAGAGGACGACGUCCAGCGGUUCUGCCAGCUGCUCCGGUUGGACCCGGACUCCAGAUUCACGCUGACGCCAAACGGUGACGCUCCAGUUCCGGCCCGGCUGCCUCGGCCCUGCUCGGUGCGCCACCUGGUGGCGCGUUACCUGGACGUGGCGGCCGUUCCGCGCCGCUCCUUCUUCGAGCUGCUGGCCGCAGUGGCGACCUCUGACCUGGAGCGGGACAAGCUGCUGGAGUUCUGCUCGCCGGCGGGUCAGGACCAGCUGCAGGCCUACUGCAGCCGGCCGCGCCGCACCGCGCUGGAGGUUCUGGCAGACUUUCCUCUCACCACCGCAGAACUGGAACCGGACCGGCUGCUGGACCUGAUCCCAGAGAUCCAGCCGCGCUCCUUCUCCAUCGCCUCGUCUCUGAAGGUUCUGCCCGGAUGCAGGUUCUCUGGCGGUGGUCCGCUACAGAACCAAGCUGCACCGACCAGAAUAGGACUCUGCUCCAACUGGCUGGCCUCUCUGGACCCGGAACAAGGUGAGGUUCUGGUUCCGCUGUGGGUGAAACGGGGCGGCCUGCGGUUCCCUCCGGACCGGGACACGCCCGUGGUUCUGGUGGGACCCGGAACCGGAGUGGCUCCCUUCAGAGCGGCGCUGCAGGAGAGGCUGGCUGAGGGAAAAGCAGCCAACGUUCUGUUCUUCGGCUGUCGCUCGGAGACCAAGGACUUCUACUUCCGCUCCGAGUGGGCGGCCAUGUUGGCGGCCGGGAAGCUGCAGCUCUUCACUGCUUUCUCCAGGGACCAGGAGGAGAAGGUGUACGUUCAGCACCGCGUGAGGGAGAGGGCAGCGCUGCUCUGGGACCUGAUGAACAACAAACAUGGCUGCUUCUACAUCGCCGGGAACGCCAAGCAGAUGCCGGCCGCCGUGCGCGACGCGCUGCAGUUCGCCUUCCAGCAGGAAGGGGGCGUGUCCGCCGCGGAGGCGGAGCAGAUGCUGGUCGCCAUGGAGAAGACGGGGCGCCUGCAGAGCGAGACCUGGUCCUGACCCGGGGCCCGGUUCUGACCCGGAGCCCGGUUCUGACCCGGAGCCCGGUUCUGACCCGGAGCCCGGUUCUGACCCGGAGCCGGUCCUGACCCGGAGCCCGGUCCUGACCCGGAGCCCGGUUCUGACCCGGAGCCGGUCCUGACCCG